CACAGGUUCUAGGAUCAACAUGGGGUACAAACUAUUUGUGUUGUUGUGUGUGAUGGCUUGUGCUUGGGCACAGGACACCACAGACGUGCCCGAGACCACUGAAGCCAGCACCACCAGUACCACCACAUUCGUCCCCAUCCUGCGGCAGGUCAACGAAGUCAACGAGGACGGGACCUACACCUACGGCUUCGAGGCCGCCGACGGAACCUUCAAGCUGGAAACCCGCGACGAGAACGGCAACGUCAAGGGCAAGUACGGCUUCCUGGACGAGUUCGGAGAACUCAAGAUCGUCGAGUACAGCGCCGGGAACGAGACGGGCUUUGCGCCCACGUCCGAUCUCCUGCCCAAGCCUGUGCCCGUUCCUGAGGUUCCACAGAUUCCCCAGCAGCUGCCGAACAUCCCCACUCUUCCGAGGCCCCAGUUCAACCCACAGCGGGUACCACAGCCCCAAUUUGCUCCCCGCCCACAGCCCCAACCUCAGCCCCAAUUCGCUCCCCGCCCACAGCCCCAAUUUGCUCCCCGCCCACAACCUCAACCACAGCCCCAAUUUGCUCCCCGCCCUCUGCCUCAGCCACAGCCCCAGUUCGUUCCCCAACCGCAGCCCCAAUUUUCCGCCCGCCCACAGCCCCAAUUUGCCCCCAGCCCACAGGGCCAACCGCAGCCCCAAUUUGCUCCCCGCCCACAACCGCAACCUCACUUUGUUCCCCAGCCCCAGUUCGCUCCCCAGCCUCAGCCCCAAUUCGCUCCUCGCCCCCAACAGCCCCAGUUCGUGCCCCAGCAGUUCAGACCCCAGCCCCAAGUGCCUCAGCGCCCAGUCAACGUGGAACUUGACGGCUUCUCGGAGGACACGAACCAAGACGGCUUCGUCGACGGCUCUCCCGAGGAGGCUGCCAAGGGAAAGCCUGUGCUGCCUUCAGGAACUUCAUUACUCCCAGCUGGUACCUCCUCCCUCCCAGCACCUCAGCCUCUGCAGCCUCGCCCUCAGCCACAGUUCGUACCUCAGCAGAUCCCACAGGGAUUUAACAGGUUCGUUCCCCGUCAGCCUCAGUUCACCCCGCAACUGACAGCCCAGCAGAUCCAGCAGCUGCAGCAGCAACAGAAUUUGGCUGCUCAGCAGGGACAAGUCCCUCAGCAGUUCAUAGCUCCACAGUCUGUUCCACAACAGUUCGCACCCCAACAGUUCGCUCCUCAGCAGUUUGCUGGUCAGCGUUUUGUUCCCCAGCAGUUUGCCGGACAGCAGCAAUUUGUGCCUCAGCAGUUUGCCGGACAGCAGCAGUUUGUGCCUCAGCAAUUUGCCGGACAGCAGCAGUUUGUGCCUCAGCAGUUUGCCGGACAGCAGUUUGUGCCUCAGCAGAUCGCCCAACAGCCUCAGUUCCGCCCCGUGGCCCCACCACAAGGGGCACCAGCACCUGUUGAGGCCUAAGUAACUCGUCUUGUAAUAAUUUCUAUUUAUUACUUCCUUUUGGCCGAUAGAUGUCCUUUUAGCGUUCAAAAAUUACUAUGGUUAUCUGUAUAUAGCAGUCCUUGUAAAACCAAAUGUAAAUAAAAUAAGAUUUUCUACCAAAA